UAUUCAUUUUAGCAAUUUUUGCCUUUGUUAUGCCCAAUAAGCCAUAUAGAUGGCCUUUGGAAUCUUGUGUGACUUAGAGCCAUUAUUACCUAGUGUUUUGCAACUGCAGUGUUAGCUGAAAGAUAGUUACUACAGUUAAUUCAGAUUUAUAUUUCUGUGAUUAGAAAUAUAAUGUAGUUUAGACCAUUAGUGAAAUAAAUCCUGAGGGGAGAUAUUUGGUUUCCAUUAUUACAGGGACAUAACUACUUUUGCUUUCACAGUUGUCUAAAUAAGUGGAUUCAUGGUUAAGCUUCCUUUUCACCUUCCAUAUCAGCUCAAUAAGAAAUAAUGCCAGCUCAGCCUAAAACUUUAGUUUUGCUUGAAAAUUUUAGAAAAUACUUUUGAGUAAUUGCAAUCAAUGAACCUUGGGAAGAGCCUGGUGUAGAUAUGCCCUCUGUGACCUGAAAUUAUACACUAUGGACUGUGUAGUAAUCCUGCAUGUAAACACUGGGCAAACAAAAUAAAGAUCUCGUUUCCUGUACUUAAAACUGUUUUGAGGACAGGUUUUGCCCUGCUACAAAUUUGCAGUUACUUGAAUUACUCCUAUUUUAUGCUGAGCAGAGGGCUUGUGAUUUGCUGGCAUUUCUCUGCAUGUGGCACCAAAACUAUUUUGUUUAAUGUAAUACUGUUUAAUUUAAUUUCUGAAAUGCAUCCAGUGAAUUGUUCAGAUUAAAAGGUUUAAUUUGAAUGGUUCGAUAUGUCUCUGUCUAGAAUAUGUGGUUUUACACUUUGUUUUGUUAUAGAAUGCCUAAUGCCAUCUGCUAAAUUUCAAAUGGAUCCAGACUUGCAGGAGGCCUUCAAUGAUGUUCAGAGCUCCGUAUACAGAACAGCCCUAAAACUACGCUCAGUACAAAGUCUUUGCCAGUUGGAUUUGAUUGACGUUUCUCUGAUUCAGCACAUCCUAUCAAGUGAACAAAGCCAGAGGGAGGAGCGGAUUUCUCUGAACAUUCAGCAAAUCUCUAGAAUGCUGAUGAAAUUGUUCCAAAGAGCAAGAUUAGAAAAACCAGGCCAGGUAGAUCCAAGAGCUGCUGAAUUCACACUGAGCCUGCUGGUUGCCAUGUAUGACAGAUCUGGCACAGGGUAUAUCAAAACCAGAUCUGCUGCAGCUGCCUUAAUUUCCCUUUCAGGAGACACUCUACUGGCUAAAUACAGAGCUUUCUUCCAGUUUUACGCUGUCCCUGAUGGGAAGGAGACCUUGAUUACCCGUAGUGCCCUGAGAAGCCUGCUAACAGACUUAAAUCAGAUCCCAGCCAUUGUGGGAGAAGGCUGCACUCUGUCUUGUGUGGAAAUUGCAAUUCAUGACUGUUUCCAUGGGGUUCUGAAUGCAGCUAUUGUUGAAGAAAAAUUCCUGUCUUGGCUGAGAUCAGAGCCUGCUGUUCUCCUGUGGCUCCCUACAUGUUACAGAUUAUCAGCCACGGAAAUGAUUUCUCACCAAGCUAGAUGCAGAGUCUGCAAAGUUUCCCCCAUUAGAGGCAUCAGGUAUCGCUGUUUAAAGUGCCUCAAUUUUGACCUUUGCCAAGCCUGCUUUUUCACUGGCCGUCUCUGCAAACCACAUAAGAGAUCACAUCCUGUUGUGGAACACUGUGUGCAGAUGUCAGCAAAGGCGAAUGCAAAGCACUUUCUCCGCACCAUCAGGAACAACCUGUUCCAAGAGCGCUGCAGAAGAAAAGAGGCUCAGAGAAGGACAGCUCUGGAGUCAGUGGAGGAGAGGCACUUCCCUGUUCACAAAAAGACUUUUCCUCCUGUGGAAUUGAAUGCUCCAUCAUCACCUGGUCCUGAAAAUGUGUCUUUCCCUGUGGACAACUGUGUCCCAGAGUCACCCAGGUUCACACCUGAAAACAGGACUGUAAUGCAGAAGAGUGAGAAUAACAAGAAGACACCAGAGCAAGGCAAGACGAUAGCUCAGGCAAUAGCCUCUUUUGAAGCAGAUAUGUUUAAAAUGCACGAAUCCAUUAAAAGCAUUCACAGUGACAGCAGGUACAUGAAGAAGCAGUUCAACAAAUGGAAGGACAAAAUGCAAUUUCUUCAUAACUGCCAGGAAGAAAAAAGCUGCAAAAUAGAGGCCAAACUCCAAAGACUGAGACUAAGCCAUGAAAAUCUGCAAAUGACACUGAAGCACAUGAAGGAAGAAAUCAAGACCAUGUUGCAGUCGUCAGAGCAUCCUUUUGCACAGUGUCAUAAUACAAUGCCAAGAAAUCCACAUCUUCUGCUGGAAAGGAGAAUGCAGAGUGAAUUAAAUCCUGCCCAAAUAAGGCCUACUUCCAGGACAUGUGCAGAAUGGAAAUCUUUGAAUCCCUCAAGCUCUGUAAAUGGAAUGCAACUUUUACAGACACCUGAGGCUCCUACUGCAAUGGACUUUAUGUACUCAGAUAAGCCACUGGAGUCAGUGUUCCUGCAGAGUGACAAACCCUUUAUGAGAGAGCAUAAAAAAGCAAAAGAGAAACGAACAUAUCCACCUAAACUGACAGAAAACUCUUUUGGUGGAAUGGGGAAUACAGUUCUUAUUCCCAUUGCAAUGCAGAUACCACCUGAUGAGAAGGAAGUCAGAGAGGAAUUGGAACUGCUAAUGAUGAAACUGAAGGAUACACUGUCUCUCCAAACCAAAUCAGCCCAACAAACUGUGUUGCACCAGGAGUUCUUCUCUACAGCUGAGCAUGUUUGCAGGUCCUUCUCUGACCUCAUCAACCAAGUAAUUUCACCAGCUUGCAAAUGAUGGAAACUGCCAUUCACCUUACAACUUCACUGAACUA